ACCAUGAAUCCAUCUGCCGGUACCGCUGCGCGGACGUCCAAAACUCUGCCCGCACCUUCAAAGACCGAGAAGGUCGCUUUCAAGGUUCCAGCAACUGAUAUUGAAGCCGAGACAUGGUAUGCUCUGUACGGAGAGCUUUCUGAGAAUGUCACUCCUUUGAUUUGUCUACAUGGCGGGCCUGGCAUGGCUCACAACUAUAUCCUCCCCUGCGCUCAUCUAUCCUCAGCACCUUUCUCACGACCAGUCGUUCUUUACGACCAGAUUGGUUGUGGAAACUCAACACAUUUGCGCCAGAAGAAAGGAGACACUGGCUUCUGGACCUCCGACCUUUUCAUCGCCGAACUGGAAAAUCUGCUAUCCCAUCUGGGCAUCAAGAAAUUUGACCUCUUCGGACAGAGUUGGGGAGGUAUGCUUGGAGCAUUGUAUGCUACGAAACGACCGGCUGGCUUGUAUCGUCUGAUCAUCGCCAACUCUCCAGCAAGCUUGACUACUUGGGUCGAGGUCGCGGAUCAGCUACGAAAGGAGUUGCCCAAGGAAAUUCAGGAGACUUUGACGCGAUGUGAGGAACAAGGCUCGACGGACACGGAAGAGUACGAGACUGCAAUGAUGAGUUUCUACGAGAAACAUGUCUGCCGUGUCGUGCCUUUCCCAGACGAUCUCAUGCAAACCUUGGCUCAAGUCAAGGAUGAUGAUACCGUGUAUAUGACAAUGUGGGUCUGCUGNAACGGACCUUCCGAAUUCAACGUCAUCGGUUCGCUCAAGGGCUGGGACAUAACAUCCGAACUUCAUAAGAUUAACGUUCCAACAUUACUGAUCAAUGGCAACUACGACGAAGCUCAAGAUAUCACCAUGGAGCCAUUCUUCCGAGAGAUUCCUGGCAAAGUCAAAUGGGUUCGUUUCCCUGAGAGCAGUCACUGUCCUCACUUGGAAGAGACGGAUGCCUUUAUUGAGGUUGUUGGCAACUUCUUGACCUCCGAGUCAUAA